CUGUCUCUCUGCCCGUGCGUGUCGUUCUGUAGCUAUUUUUCUGAGACUACCACAGACAAUACAAGCACCUGACAGAAGAGGAUGGGAGAGGGAGAGGACAAUCAGAGAGUGGAAAGGAUUGAAAGAGGCACAGAAGAAAGGAUGAGGCCACAUUCUAAUCAUCAAGGUUUGAGUUCAGGACCAAAGAGAGAUCAAGACCUUUAUCUGGGUUGUCUAACAAAACAACACCUGAUAAUGAUAUCUGUGGCUGUUGGACUUGUUGUCCUGCUGAUUAUCAUCAUUGUCCCAGCUGUGGUGCUCACCAAGAAGCCAGCUCCUCCUCCUGCUGUUUCUACUGGUGAAGACAUGCUGGACUUCCUACUUCAGUCUGGUGAUAUUAGCAAACUUGAUGGUCUGUUGGCUACCUGGCAUCACAGAGCUAACAGCAAGGAGGAAAUGAACAAGGCUUUAGCAAGUGAUGCCAUGAUCUUGGAGGCUGAUGUCACCCUGGAGGGUUAUGGAACACCCAGUGAAAAGCCCAUCCCUAUCAUGGCCCACCCUCCUGACAUCUAUAGUGACAACACUCUGGACCAAUGGUUGGAUGCAGUGUUGACCUCAAGAAAAGGCAUGAAGUUGGAUUUUAAGUCUCUGGAAUCAGUGGGUUUGUCAUUAGACCUGCUUAGUCAAAAGAACAGCAGCAGAGGAAUAAACCGGCCUGUGUGGCUUAAUGCAGACAUCCUACGAGGUCCCAAUGUGCCAGACUUUGUGCCUCCAGUUAAUGGAACCAGAUUUCUGCAGUUGAUUCAGGAAAAGUUCUCAGAUGUGACUUUGUCUCCUGGAUGGAAGGUAGCCUAUGCGCCCCCACUUUUCACUGAGACCUACACCAGGACCAUGGUAGAAAACAUGUAUGAUAUGAUCAAAGAUGUCCCACAAAGGGUGACGUUCCCAGUCCAUGCCCUGUUGGUCCGCAGUGGCUGGCAGCACAUUAGCUGGCUCCUCAGCCAGUCAUCGCGUUUCAGUCUGACCUUGUGGCAGGGUUCAGUUCAUCCAAACAUUGUUGAUCUACUGUUUGUUCGAGACAACAGCCACCCUGCCAGAGUCUACUAUGAUAUAUAUGAACCAACACUGUCUGCCUUUAAAGAAGCUGCAAGGCAGCAGGGCCGUCUGAGAAGAUUCUACCCUGGAGGAGAUCUGAUGGACUUCCUCCAUCCAACUCACAACUCAGACCCUAACUUCCUGUCCACAGUCACACAUGGAAACAGCCUGGCUGUCCGCUGGUUUACAGUCACCGACCAGACCUCUCUGCUGGCUCAGCUCUCAGAUGGUACUGGUGGUAUGUUGGUGGUCCAGGUGGCUUCUGACAGCAGGCGACCAGGAGUCCCCUUAGUGCAAGGUUCUGAAAAGAGCUCAGAGCCCCAAACCCUGCAGGAUGUCCUGCAGCUGCUUGGGCAGAGGGCUGAUGUACCCUGGGGUGUUUAUCUUCAAGUCCACACUGUGCAGCUUCUGGAGGCUUCUCUCACUCUGCUGCAUUCAGCCUACAGCAGAGAGAAGCUCUACAGGCCUGUCUGGGUCAGCAUGGAGGGUUUACAGAGCAGAGACAACACAAAGGAAUAUGUAUCCACAGUAGAGAAGCUGUUCCCAUACAUCACCCUCGUCCUGAAAGAGAAGAACUGGCCUCCUCAGAUCCCAGCAACAGUGACAGGCUUGUCUCAGAGGGUGGCUCUGCACCUGAAUGCAGCAUCACUGCCAAAGGGAAAGGAGGAGCUUCACUCUCUGAUGGGAAUGAUGAACAGAUAUGACCUUAUAGUGGAGGAGGACACAAAGAGCAGUGCUGAGGUUUUCACAGUCUUGAAAGGACUUCUGAGCCAGCGUAGAGGAGGAGCAAACACAAACCUGUAUGUGAUAUCUGACCAGUCCUAACCGAGGAUAUGGACACAAACCAAGAAUUUUACAACUCAAACAGGAUAUGUGUUCCACAGUUUCCUCUUGAGUGUGAACAGGCAUAUAUCUCUAUGAGUGACAGCAGCACUGCAGCAUCAUAGUUCAUUUUUACAGUGCAACAUUCACAGUGUUAGAGUCAAUCAGAGCUUGGCCAUACUGAAAGACUAAUAUCGUGAUAUCAGCUGAUGUUAUUUCCAGAAUUGUAUAGUUGUCUUUUUUUAUUUCAUGACAGGAAUUUUAAUUUGAAAAUUCCCAAAAUGUUCAGAUUUUAUCGUCAGCUCUUUAUAAAAUGUUGCCAUCAAGUAGACUCCAAGAUAAAGUGCUGUAACUCAGCUGAGUGAUUAUAUUCUAUUAUGAAAUUGACAUUUGUAUUCUGAAUGGAAGAACACAGAGCAAACACAUUUUGUUAAAAAUAUUUUAUUAAAGUCCUAUGAAGCAUUCAGUGAGACAUCAAUGUUUUUAUCAAAAAGAAAGAAGAUACCUUGUGCUAACUGCAGUCAGCAAAUGGAGAAAAUUCAUUCAUCACUUAAUGCCACUGUUAGUGUUUCUUAACAUAAACUCAACAUUUCCCUCUAACCCAACACUGAGAUAUACAGUUAGACCAGCAUUUACCUUAGAUUAAUGAGAGUGCAAAACAGAUGAGCUGAUCCUGGAAGAUACACAUCAAAGUUUUAUUUGAGUCCAAAUGGAAUAAUUAAUAUUUAAUAAGACUUCAUUUUGAAAUCAUCCUUUACUCACUUUAUUGUGAUAUUUUCUAACUGCUCUGUUCUAAUGUGAUCUAUUCUUAAGCCUGUUAAAAAAAAAAAAAGUUUAACAUUUUUCAUGUAAAUAUCGUCUUGUGUUCACUCUGAACACUUGUGACAGUAUUAAUCAUACCUUGUACAAACAGCA